ACAAAUUAACACAGUUCUCUAUCGAUCUUCUUACUUUCUCUGGAAAGAAACAAACACCACCGUGAUCAUCAUGGUUCUCUCCAAAAUCGCCUCCGAGAUGGAUGUCUCAAUCCAUUCAACCUUCGCCUCCCGUUAUGUCCGCACCGCACUUCCCAGGUUCAAGAUGGCGGAGCAGUCGAUCCCAAAGGAAGCGGCAUACCAGAUCAUAAACGACGAGCUGAUGCUGGAUGGGAAUCCGAGGCUGAACCUGGCGUCGUUCGUGACAACUUGGAUGGAGCCAGAAUGUGACAAGCUCAUCAUGGCUUCCAUUAACAAAAACUAUGUCGACAUGGAUGAAUACCCUGUCACCACUGAGCUCCAGAAUCGAUGUGUUAAUAUGAUAGCUCAUCUUUUCAAUGCCCCACUUGGAGAAUCAGAAACUGCCGUUGGUGUUGGCACGGUGGGGUCUUCAGAGGCCAUCAUGUUGGCUGGAUUGGCAUUCAAGAGGAAGUGGCAAAACAAAAGGAGAAGUGAAGGCAAACCUGUUGACAAUCCCAACAUUGUCACUGGUGCCAAUGUUCAGGUUUGCUGGGAGAAAUUUGCAAGGUACUUUGAGGUGGAGUUGAAAGAGGUUAAGCUGAGUGAAGGUUACUAUGUAAUGGACCCCGAAAAGGCUGUGGAAAUGGUGGAUCAGAACACCAUUUGUGUUGCUGCUAUCCUUGGUUCCACACUAAAUGGAGAGUUUGAAGAUGUCAAAUGCCUAAACGAUCUCCUCAUAAAAAAAAAUAACGAAACAGGAUGGGACACUCCUAUUCAUGUGGAUGCAGCAAGUGGUGGAUUCAUUGCUCCAUUUCUCUAUCCAGAGCUUGAGUGGGAUUUCCGUUUACCACUAGUGAAGAGCAUCAAUGUUAGUGGACACAAAUAUGGUCUUGUCUAUGCUGGCAUUGGUUGGGUCAUUUGGAGAAGCAAGGAAGACCUUCCUGAGGAACUCAUCUUUCACAUUAACUAUCUUGGAGCUGAUCAACCUACAUUCACUCUCAACUUCUCCAAAGGUUCUAGCCAAGUUAUUGCUCAGUACUACCAGCUAAUUCGUUUGGGUCAUGAGGGAUACAGAAAUGUAAUGGAAAACUGCAAAGACAACAUGGUGGUACUAAAGGAAGGUCUGGAUAAAACAGGUCGCUUUGACAUUGUGUCCAAAGAUGAGGGUGUGCCAUUGGUGGCAUUCACUUUGAAGGACCACAGCAACUUCAAUGAGUUCCAAGUCUCUGAUAUGCUGAGGCGCUAUGGCUGGAUAGUGCCAGCAUACACCAUGCCCCCAGAUGCAGAACAUGUUACCGUGCUCCGCGUUGUGAUCAGGGAGGACUUUUCCCGCACCCUCGCAGAGCGUCUCGUGAUUGACAUCACCAAAGUGUUGCAUGAGCUGGAUCUUCUCCCUGCAAGGGUGGUCACUAGCAGCACUGUUACUGUUAUUGGAGAAGAAGCUGAGGACAGUGACGGCAACACAGUGGUGGUUGCUAAGAGGAGUGCUAUGGAGACUCAGAGGGAAAUCACUUCAGUUUGGAAGAAAUUUGUGAUGGAGAAUAAGCAGAAGAAGAUGAAUCUCGUCUGUUAGAGUCUUGUGUUGGAUAAUUUUGAGGCUAUGUUUAACCAUGCAAGGGUGAGUUUAUAUAUUUUUUGACUCCUAAAUUUAGCAGUACAUUUUGAUGUCCGGAUCCUGAUUCAAGAGAGAACCACCGAUAAGUGUUCUCUAGUGCAGGUUGUUCUUAUAUUCCAAAAUUUUG